ACAGUACAACGUGUGAUCCCCAUCCUUGACACCGAUUAGUACCUGCAAAAUGACUGAUGAUAAGCGGAAAUUUUUGCACAAAAUUUACAAGAAUGAUCCAAUCGCAUUGAAAAGUUACGUAAAUAAGACCGUUUCGAUUAAAACUAAAGAUGGUUGCAGUUACUCAGGUGUUGUUUACACGAUAGAUCCGGUAUCAGAAAGCUUUAUUUUGGCAAAUCCGUCCUGCGACAAACAGAACCUGAAGAUAAUAAUGGGACAUGCAAUUGACAAUAUGGAAGUACACGCAGAGACUGAAACAAAUGUACUGGAUUUAUUUUUAUCAUCCAGCGAAGAUAUGCCAGAAUCUGUUGUUAUGCGGAGAAAGAUUGCUGUCAGAGAAUUGCUAUUAGAAAAUCGAUUUCCUGUUACGGAAAACGGUAAGAUCUUGAACAUCGAGGGAAUACUCUCGAUAGAGCCACCAUAUGAUGAACAACAUUGCUCGAGCACUAAUGAAAUUGUUUUAGUACGAAUACAAGAGCUAAUUUCUAGCGUUGUUGUAUGAUAUUUUAAAUUGAAAACGCCAUGAUAAAUUGUAUUUCUGACAGACCUAAUGAUCAAAGUAAGAAUUGGUCAUGUAUAGCUUUGGAUUGUAAAAAUAUUGAACGCCUGAGUUCUUAGAAGAAGCAAGCUCUC